AUGAGGGAUGAAAAGAUAAGAAUCUACUCUAACGAUACCACGAUAAUUUGCAUGCACAUUGUAGAUUCCAGGUCUAGUAUCAAGCCUGAGUUGAUUGUCAGCAGCUGGAAGGAUUUUGUAAUCUGCAAAUACCAAAGGGCAUAUCUCUAUGGGGAUAGGCUACAUUCGUUCACCCAGAUCGUCUGGCAGAGUUACAUAGCUACGAUUGCCCCAAAGGAGCUUUAUAAAUCUGAAGUCUUACUAGGAGACCUAACCUGCAACUUUCAAUAUACAGUGACGAUUCUAGAAGAUACUCAAUGCCGUCUUUAA